GAUAAGCGGUUUCAGUCAAUCCUGUGUGUGUGUGUACAAAUAGUCACGGCCGAAUACUACGUCUCGUGUGCGCGCGCGUGUCACGGGAAAUGCAUCUAUUCAUUGACUAAAACAUCUUAAAAAGCCACAUAUCCAUUAAGGUUACGUUGCUCAGUUAAUUUCUAAAAACUUUUUAAUUUGUCCGUUUUUAGAGGUAAUUUUAUUUUUUGACAAAUUAGAUUAUUAAAUAGUUCUGGCCAUGAAGCAUACUUCUCAGUGGCUGCUACAGUUUCUCCAGAAAGUAGCUUAUUGAAGGAUGAGUCCUACUGCACUUCACUGAAAUUACGCUGUAAUAUCUAUAAAUGAGGCUAUAUAAAUUAAAUGCGCAAAAUUGUAGUCAAGUACGGUAAUUCCAAUAAGAGGCGCCGCCGUCGGUAUGGAUGACGAAAUUCAGUAUGAGGAGCAUUAUUGGAGGACCUAUAGGAUCACGUGACAUUGACAUUGGCUUCUUAAAGUAACUUGACAGAGGUGUAUUUGUAAGUAGUUUCGUAGAGGGCUUCAACUUUUUUUUUUUUUGGAGAGCCCUGUGAGAGUUGGACGCGUCUGAGAUAAAAAUGUCCUUCUGUUCGUUUUCGGGUGGGGAGGUUUUUAAAGCCCACUUCAAAACAGGUGUCUAUGUAUGUUCAAAAUGCGGCAAUGAGCUGUUCUCCAGCAGGUCCAAGUUUAAACACUCGUCCCCAUGGCCCGCCUUCUCUGAGACCAUACAUGAGAAUAGUGUGUCCAAGUACCUGGAACGUCCCGGAGCCUUUAAGGUGAGCUGUGGGAAGUGUGGCAACGGUCUGGGCCACGAAUUCUUGAAUGAUGGGCCUCAGAAAGGCACAUCCCGAUUCUGAAUAUUUAGCAGCUCACUGAAGUUCGUCUCCAAAGACGCAGUUGACGGACAGUAGAGUGAGUGCAGUUCCUGGCCCAUAAAGCAUGAGUGCCCUGUUCACUUCAGAGGUGCAGUCAUUCAUGAAGUGUGCUGGAAAAAGGCCUGAUGGGAUAUCCAGGGCGCAGAUGUCUUAAAGUGACUGCACAGAGAGGAAGACCAGGGUCUCUAUCAGCGUGUGAUUGCUUCUCUUCCUGCAUUUAUCACAUUGCCUCUUCUGCUUUUAUAUUUUCAUUAUUUUUUUUGGCUGACACUUUUCUAUGAAGUAACUUACAAUGUUAAUUUACCCACAGGGAUUUACCCAUUUGUAGAGAAGGGUAGUUCUUACUAUAUUAAUUACAGUAAACACCUAUAUUAAGGGUUCUGCAAUAGAAAGUGAGACUCAAACCUGGGUCCUUCAAGUGCAAGGCAGCAGCUUUAACCACUACUCCGCCUGCUGUCCCAUGUGAGCAUUGCAGUAGUCUCAGAUGACGUGUUUAUUUGCUGUAGCUUUUUGGAGGGGUAGGGUAGAGUGCGCUGAUACCAUUAUUAUAUAGGGCUUUUGUUGUGGUAUUUACUUCAUAACUGAAACUCUGCUGUAGUGUCUUGGUUCCUGGGUUCAAGUUCACAUUGCUAAUGUGUAUCACCACACCUUUGGAUGCUCAUUUGCUGUAGCACUACAGUUAUAUGAAAUAUUUUAAUAAAAGUUUAAUAAAA